AUAAUAAAAGUAAGUCACUUUCCAUCUUCCAAGAAAAUUUCUAGGCUUUUCUUUUCUACCGACUCGAGUCUGGUUGGAAUCCCUUUCGGAGUCGGAGACAAAAUUUAGGAUUUUAUAGUCGGCUGAUCUUCCGUAUAUAAACCACCUCCCCUCUUCAUCUUCUCCACACAAUUCUCUCAAAGCCUUUUUAAAUCGCUCCUGAAAUUCUCUCUUCCAAUUUCCUUUUCCAUUUUUUUUUUCUUCUGAGAUUGACAAUAUGCAGGUCUUCGUCAAAACCCUAACCGGCAAGACAAUCACUCUCGAGGUCGAGAGCUCCGAUACCAUCGACAAUGUCAAGGCCAAGAUCCAAGACAAGGAGGGAAUUCCCCCCGAUCAGCAGAGGCUCAUCUUCGCCGGCAAGCAAUUGGAGGACGGCAGAACCCUAGCCGACUACAACAUCCAGAAGGAAUCGACUCUUCACUUGGUUCUGCGAUUGAGGGGUGGUAUGCAGAUCUUCGUCAAAACCCUAACCGGGAAGACCAUAACCUUAGAAGUCGAGAGCUCUGAUACGAUCGACAACGUAAAGGCCAAAAUCCAAGACAAGGAGGGCAUCCCCCCAGACCAGCAGAGGUUGAUCUUCGCCGGCAAGCAAUUGGAGGACGGCCGCACCCUUGCCGACUACAAUAUCCAAAAGGAAUCGACUUUGCACUUGGUUCUCCGAUUGAGAGGCGGUAUGCAAAUCUUCGUCAAAACCCUAACCGGGAAGACAAUAACCCUAGAAGUCGAGAGCUCUGAUACCAUCGACAACGUGAAGGCCAAGAUCCAAGAUAAGGAGGGCAUCCCCCCAGACCAGCAGAGGUUGAUUUUCGCAGGAAAGCAAUUGGAGGACGGCCGAACCCUCGCCGACUACAACAUCCAAAAGGAAUCAACUUUGCACUUAGUUCUUCGAUUGAGAGGUGGUAUGCAGAUUUUCGUCAAAACCCUAACCGGGAAAACAAUUACUCUGGAGGUCGAGAGCUCCGAUACCAUUGAUAACGUGAAGGCCAAGAUCCAAGACAAGGAGGGUAUCCCCCCAGAUCAGCAGAGGCUUAUCUUCGCCGGUAAGCAAUUAGAGGACGGUAGGACCCUUGCGGAUUACAACAUCCAAAAGGAGUCAACUUUGCACUUGGUUCUGCGUCUGAGAGGUGGUAUGCAGAUUUUCGUGAAGACCCUUACAGGGAAGACGAUAACUUUGGAGGUCGAGAGCUCUGAUACGAUUGACAAUGUGAAGGCGAAGAUUCAGGACAAGGAAGGGAUUCCUCCAGAUCAGCAGAGGCUGAUCUUUGCUGGGAAGCAAUUGGAGGAUGGAAGGACUCUGGCGGAUUACAACAUCCAGAAAGAGUCGACUCUUCAUCUGGUGCUCAGGCUUCGUGGUGGCAUGCAGAUUUUUGUGAAGACCCUGACUGGGAAGACCAUUACUCUGGAGGUUGAGAGCUCUGACACUAUUGACAAUGUCAAAGCUAAGAUUCAAGACAAGGAGGGGAUCCCACCGGACCAGCAGAGGUUGAUCUUUGCCGGGAAACAGCUUGAGGAUGGUCGUACCCUUGCAGAUUAUAAUAUCCAGAACGAGUCCACUCUCCAUCUUGUCCUUCGUCUGCGUGGUGGUGAUUUCUGAGUUAGUUCGUUGGUUUGAGUUAGUUUGUUGGUUUUCUCUAGUGAUGGUGGUGAUGAUUCUGGUGGUGUGUUGUGUUGACUGGCCGGAGGGCCAAUUUAGUAUGUAAUGUUUUUGGGUUUGUGGAUGGGUUCCUAUAUUUUCCGAUUGUUUAAACUCAGUUUCGUAUUAGUAAAGUAAUUUUAGUUCCGUACAUUCCGUAUUCAACUCC